GUGGGCGGCCGAGCUGGACGGCGCCUCCAUGCUGGUGGAGCGGUCCGCGAGCGCCACCGUGGCCCCGGCCUCCUCCGCCCAGGCCGCGAUCAUGGAGCACCAGGACCGCGUCAAGAACGCGCGCAUAGCAGAACUGGAAGCACGAGUCAACGCCACGCUGACAGCCGCAGUCCAGCGCUCGCGCAGGAUUCAGGAGCUCGAGGUGGUCGUGGAGCAGGGCAAGGAGCGAGAGGAGCGCAUCAAAGAGCUCGAGAUGCUGGUGGACGAGACCACCGCCGAGUGCAACAGCCGCGCGGAACGCAUCAAGGAGCUGGAGGGCAUCAUCUCGACGGGCAACUACGCCGCGAUCAAGGACGAAGUGGCCACUGGCAUCCUGACCGACGCGAUGCGCUUCGCGGACGAGAUGCUGGCCAACAGGGAGGAGGAGAUGAUGAUCGACGGCAGCUCCGCCUCGAAGCUGAAGGAGUCAGUCGAGAGGGUACAGGCUGGAGACAGGGUGCUGGACCGCGAGGUGGCGGAGCUCAUCAGCAACCUCGUGGCCGCGCUGCGAUGGCCCCUGGUGCUGCGCAAGCGCCUCGCGAACGCGGAGAGCACGGUGAAGGAGCAGCAGGCCGUGCACGACGCCACGCUGCAGCAGCUGCACGACUUCCAGAAGAAGGCCGCGGUCGGCGACGCUGGCCUGAAGGAGCUGCGCGACAGCGUUUCCGCCUCGGAGGCCGCGCAGAAGCAGGCCGAGGCCGAGGCCAAGAAACUCAAGGGCCUGCUCACGAAGGCCGAGCAGGACGCGGACAAUGCCGUCCGGCAGCAGCGGGAGGCUCUGACCGCGAACCACUCGGAGGAGCUGCGCAAGGUGAAAGAGCUGUGCCAUAGCGCGCAGGAGCAGGGCAGGGUGGCCCAGGCGCAGGCGGCGGAGCUGCGCGGGCGCCUGCAGGAGACGGAGAGGGCGACGGCGGCCGCGGACGCGAGGGCCGCGACGGCGGAGUCCCGGUCGAAGGAUGCGAUGGCGCAGGCC